AUCAGGAUUAUUCUGCGCUAUGAUGCGGCAGGAAGCCUCGAUCCAUCCCUGGUGCUUUUUGAUACUCGUUCUGUACGGUUAGUUCAGUACCUUUGUGGCAAACGAGCGUCAUUUCCCGGAUGGCUCCUCGGCGCAGAAUAUCUACGGACUCUCGAUGCUAGCAAUCGCCGAUCACACCUCAAAAAGACGAAAGGGUAUAAAGGCAGCCGCCCGUCUGUUCAAUUUCACCCGUCCCUUCUCCCUUCUUCACGUCUAUCUACUGUAUAAAUUCAACCUCAAGCUCGUUUACAACUUUCCAUCAUAUCUUGGCAUAAUGGUGUCGUCCCCUGGAGCCUCUCCGCGAGACUCAGCUGCGCUCAGACUGCAACCUUGCAACCCGACAGACACCAACGUCAAUGUUUCCUCCCCGCUCAAUCCGUCUUCAUCUUGUCAUCGGCAAUCUCCACUGCAGAGCCCAAGCAGCGCGAUCGUUCCGCCACACGCUCGCAGACCUUCUUUCAGCUUUCAAAACAAGCUCAAUGCCGUCCCGCAGUCCCCAGUCCGUUCCUCGGAUGUCGCUCAUCGUCUUGUCGGACUAUCCGACAUCCAGCCAUCGCUUAGACAGAAUACCGCUGAGCAAUCGAGGAUUACCAUUGCCACGCACUGUACCCCUACCAGUCCUACCAUUGGGUUGCCUGUGCGCCCUCGCUCGUCGUCUCGGUCCUUUGACCAGUCUUCGUCGCCUCCACUCUCUAGAUAUCUGACGCCCUCACUUGCAAGCUCUCCUGUACUGGAAAGCUCACCGCCUUAUGGUAGAGCACGUUAUUCGAGUCACAAGCGAUCGUUAUCAUACGACGUUCCUGCGAUUGGCGGUGGGUCUCCAAUCCGCUCAAGGUCUAGCUCUGUCGCGCACGGCCCUUCGUUGGUAGGUCAUAGAAACUCAGUGCUUCCGUCUUCGCCCGUCCGCUCUGGUCUCCCGCGUGGUGCUUCACUCCAAUUUCAACCUAGUAGUUCCUUCGCGGAUUGCGACUACGACGGAGUAGAUCUUGCUAUUGAUAUCAAGAGCGAUGUCACACAUCCAGGACACCCGCCAAGGCUCUGGUGGAAUCUGACAGUUCCAUGGGACGCAGAUCAGCGGUGGGCCCCCGCAGAAUUUGUAUGCCAGGAUGAGCCGAGAGUGAAAUAUGAUGAAAGGCUGAAGCCGCUUGAACCGGACACGGUGGUGCUUGUCCCAUCCGACAAUGAAGCUCGCGAGCGUAAGGCGCUCAGGUCGUCGGGUGUCGGAAUCCCGGAAGAUGAGAGAGCGGCAACGGUAUCCAAGAGUGUUUUUAAAUCCUUUCGACGGUAUUCGUUCUCACAGCGCAUCGUCGUGGGCGAUGAAUCGCAGGCAGCAAACAGACAAUCUCAAAGUCUUCGCCUUAGUGGCGCCGAACGAGAUGGUUUCCAGAGGGCACAGGAUAAUGUUAUCUUAGCGUGCUACUCAGUAAUGACGCGAGACGAGCUAACUGCUGAACAUGUGAACAAGAAUUCCACGGUCUCCUGCAUUGUCUCGACCCUCGGGACAAUUGCUAAUGAAGCACUCCCUGUUCUUAAGACCAUUCUGGAAUGCACGUAUGACGCCGUCGCGCUUGUUCCGGUACCCUUUUUCCUGGAGGCGUCGCGAACCCUCCUAAUAAUCUGGGAGGCAUGCGAGCAACUUUCAUCGAAUCGACUUUCUUGCCUUCGCCUGGUGGAACGUUGUGCCGGAAUGUUGUACUUCGUGCGUGAGCAGAUCGAAGGGGUCGGUCCUUUCGUUGGCAAGGAACUCGACGCGGCUUUCCACGUCUUCAGAGAAGUCAUCUUCCAGAUUGAGAGGUUUCUCUGCAGAAUCAGCCGUCGACCGAUGCUCAAACGCUUCAUCAGGAGAGCUGAAAUUGCGAAAGAACUCUGCAAUUGCGACCAGGCUUUGAUGGAUGCUUGGCUGAGAUUCACAGCAACGGUCUCUGUAAACAUCGUCAAGGACGUGAAAUGCCUUGACGGGAAGGUUGAAGAGCUGAAGUCGGCGGUUUUGGAGCACAGCACCACGACGUCGCUGGCACCUGCACCACCGAUUGCGGACAUUGAGACGUCUGCAACAUGCGUUUUAGGCCCGAAGUGCAACAUGAAGCAUUCACUUCCAGAGACUGUCCACUGUCUAACGACCACCGAGGGCGAGAUUCAUCGCGAGUUACCCCCUAUCUUCCCUGAAGAUAAUCUGGAUAAUGAACUCCAACAUGACCAGUUCCAGCUCGAUCAUCUCCCGGACUUUAUCGGCACCGCGCGAUGCGAUGCCGACGUCCUCAACGGUUUGGAGAUUGAUCGGAACGAAGUCGUCGAGACCAUGAAGGCGAUGCGACGACAGUUAGAGUCGCUGCGCAAUGCAUUCUCGCGGACGCCCACCGUAGUCAGCGAUGGUACUCUGGCUGAAAUGGAACUUCUGGAUGCUGGUAUCGUCUCCAUGUCAAAGCUGCACUGCAUGCAGGUGCGCGGCGACACUGGCAAUUUUGUCGCACCAUGGGAGCUUCCUUCAUGGACGAUCACGCGGUACGAGGUCGACCGGUUCGAGAUGAUCGGCCAAGGAUCAUUCUCCAGAGUCUACGCCGGAUCCUGGCGCGAUAGAGUGGUCGCCAUCAAGGUUCUGCACGAUUUCACCCCAGCUACGGCGUUCCGCCGAGAGGUUCAGCUCUGGCGCCGACUCAGGCACCCUCACGUGGUUCGUAUGUUCGGAGCGAGCAGCGCUCAGGGAUCCAAACCAUGGUUCAUCGUCAGCGAGCUUUACGAACGCGGAAGCCUUGUGGAGUGGUUGCUGGCCGCAGCGCGGGAUGACUAUGCCACUCCACGCGGAAAUGAAGAGCAUCUAUUUCGUCUCAUGCGUCAGAUCGCUCGCGGGAUGGAAUACUUGCAUGCCGAGGGGGUGGUGCAUGGUGAUUUGAAGUGCGCGAAUAUUUUCAUGAACAGGGCAGGAAGCUGCGCCAUCGCUGACUUUGGCCAGAGCGAACUCAAGGAUGAGGCCUAUAGGCGAAGCGGGUGUCACCAACUAAAGGGAACUCCGAGAUGGAAAGCACCAGAACUUUUAGACGGUGCCCCAAGGCCAACAAUGCAAGCGGACGUCUACGCUUUUGCCAUUUGCUGCGUCGAAAUCCUCAAUAUGGGCGACAUUCCUUAUGGCACCCGAGACGACGAAGACGUAAAGAGGAUUGUGCUUGAACACGACGCUCGCCCAGAGAUUUCUAGCAGUCCUCUUGCCAGUAUCGUUUUGCCAGUCAUCCACUGCUGCUGGGCACGUGACCCUCCUUGUCGCUCGUCAUUUUCCAUGGCAAUCGCUAUGCUUCUCAGCUGUCGUGAUUCUGUAUUUGUUUGCGGUGCAGACGGCUGCACGCCCGGUGGUCCGGCGAACUCGCCAACCGUCAGCUUCCCGGACCGCCCCUCUCCUGACCUUCGAGUUCCUGCCACACCGCCCCGUGAAAUCCAUUCUUGGCUAGCACACACCUCGUCGAUGUCCGCUGGUUACAACACGUUAUCUGCAUUCGGAUCUGAGACCGGAGAUACAGAUUCUGGCUCGCAGGACAUUCCAGAGUCGUCCAUGUCCAGCGAGACAUCGUGUUGCGAGGAGCUGGACGCUUUCGACGACGCCAGCACCCCCGUCGACAACACAACCGAAAGUAUCCUUUCCGAGAUGUCCAUGAACGCGUGGGCACAGGCCAUGCAAAACGAGAGGCGCUACAGACUUUUGGCCAAAGACACACAUGGGUAUGGAGAAUUGUUCACGACGCCGCUCUGGUAUCCAUCACCCGUCGAAGUGGGUGCUGUGGGAUAUGUCUCCAAACCUGACGGGGAGUUUAUCACCCUGUGCAACGCCAUCAAGAUUGGAGGCAAGAAGAAGGCCGAGGGUGAUGUAACAAAAUGCAUACCUCCCUUGCUGGAUUACGGUAGUACCAGCAUCCGGAAGACACAUCACGGUCAUAAACACGGCUCGAGUGCGCUGUCAGGCAUCUUCAACCGUGGCGGCGGUCAUAAAGAGGAGCACGUAUCUCACAGGCAAGCAUUUACCGUGCACGCUGGUAAGAAGACAGCUGGGGUAUACGCCGAGCGCUACGAGCGCCAGAAUUUCUCAAACGAGAGUCUUCCCGCAGCUACGCGGUGGUUUAAAGACAAUAUCCGCAACAUCCUGCAAGAAUACGCGCCACAUCACUCUAUUCAGAAAGAGGAUGUCUUCUUCGUCACCGGCACUAUUAGCGCGCCUGACUACGCUCUCUUCGUCACUGAUCCCAUCUCGUCAGGAGAGGCGUACUUCAAUGUUUUCGCUUCGCGCAAAUCGCACCGUCCAUGGGGCACUUUCACGGUCAAGUCUGAUGGUACGGAGUCCUUCCCCACGAGGACCACCUUUACUAGUAAGGUGUCACGGUCGCACCAGACCAAGACCUUGGAUACGAUACUCCUCGCACGACUCCGUUUCGCGCCUGAUGCGGAGGAGCCGACCCUGCAGUAGUCGCAUCAUCCCUCCCAUCUUAUUUAACAGGCUGGCUACAUUCCUUUCUCCUGUUUCAUGUACUAUCACUGUUCCGACCGACAUACCGCAUUGUACACAUGGAUAUCAUGUAGUU